GUCACCCCGGAGCCGAACCCGCCCAGCUCCUCUCACUCUCUCUCUCUCUCCGCCCGUCCUGCCGCACGGCUCUGCUCACACACCGAGACCAGAGGACUGGGAAUGGACACGGAAGGGAGCCAGAGCAGCCUGUCCGCAGCGGACUCCCCUCACGACCCCUGCAAAAUGUUCAUAGGUGGACUCAGCUGGCAGACCACACAAGAGGGUCUGAAGGAGUACUUCUGCAAGUACGGCGAGGUGAAAGAGUGUAUGGUGAUGCGAGAUCCGGUUACUAAGCGCUCGAGGGGUUUCGGAUUUGUCACCUUUGUCGAUCAGGCCGGCGUGGACAAAGUUUUGGCCCAAAGCAGACAUGAGCUGGACUCCAAAACAAUCGAUCCAAAGGUGGCGUUCCCUCGGAGAGCUCAGCCUAAGCUGGUGACACGAACCAAGAAGAUCUUUGUAGGUGGCCUGUCUGUGAACACAACUAUCGAAGACGUGAAGCAAUACUUUGAUCAGUUUGGCAAGGUCGACGAUGCCAUGCUCAUGUUCGACAAGACCACAAACAGGCACAGAGGGUUCGGAUUUGUGACAUUCGAGAACGAGGAUGUGGUCGAGAAAGUCUGCGAGAUCCACUUCCACGAAAUCAACAACAAAAUGGUGGAGUGUAAGAAAGCUCAGCCCAAGGAGGUGAUGUCCCCCACCGGCUCGGCCAGGGGGCGCUCUCGGGUGAUGCCCUACGGGAUGGACGCCUUCAUGCUAGGAAUUGGUAUGCUGGGUUAUCCCGGCUUCCAGACCGCCACCUACACCAGUCGCAGCUACGCCGGCAUCACUCCUGGAUACACCUACCAGUUCCCUGAGUUCCACUUAGAGAGGACUCCCCUUCUGACUUCACCCCACCCCCCUGAGCUCACAGCCAUUCCUCUCACAGCUUAUGGACCAAUGGCGGCGGCGGCGGCAGCAGCAGUCGUUAGAGGUUCCACACCUUCCCGCUCGGCAGGAUUUUUAGGAACCAGCAGCCCGGGUCCGAUGGCGGACCUUUACGGAGCGGCCAGCCAGGAGUCGGCUGUCAGCAGCUACCUCAGCGCUGCCAGCCCGGCGCCGAGCACCGGCUUCAGCCACAGCCUGGGGGGCCCUUUGAUCGCCACCGCCUUCACUAACGGCUACCACUGAGAGCGUGAGUGCGUCCGCCGCGCUAGCUUCCUCCUCUCCGUCGGCGGCGGCGAGCUGUGAGUAACCCGGGCUGCUUUGUGUGUCAGUGCAGAGCCGCAGACUGAGAGCUGGAAGGAGUUGAAGCUGCGCUGGAGCUGAUCCGGUUCCCGUCUCUGUCCCACUCCACGUCUCUCCCCCGUUUCGUUUUGGGCGGCCGGACGUUCGCCCCCGCCCCCACCUGUUGACGGCCACAUCAUGCCCACCUUACUGACGCCUCACUGAACUCCACCUCCUCCUCAGAAGAAAAAAUCCCUUUAUAGCAACACAUUCAGAUGCUGUAUUUUGUUUUGUUUUAUUCUGCUGUUUUGAUGUUUUUUUAGCUGUAUUUUAUUUAGCUGAUUUUCCUCUAAAUGAUCUCUGUGGAGGAGGAAUAGUUAGGUUUCCACCAUGCCUGUUUUCAAGCUGUAAAAUGACUGUACAUUUCUCAACUUUACACUGAAUGUCAACACUUCAUACUAAUUCUGAAAGGAUGGCAGGAAUUAUAGAUCUUGGUUGGUUUUAACCGAGAGCCGUCGCUCUAAUUAUUCUCUAAAGGUGCAGAAAAACGUACCACGCCCCCCUUCCCUGGAAAAAGUACUUAAAAAGCUUUAAAUUAGAUUCAUUUUUUAUUAUUUCUGUGGUUUAAUCGCUCACUGAAGAAGGAAUCAAGGUCAAAACAUAUUUAUCCAUCAGAAUAUUCAGAAUGAUCAACUUAAAGUAAAAUUUUAUUCAUUAUAAGAGGUAAAGAUAAUGACGCCUGCUUAUUUUAUAUAUUUUUUCACCCCCAAUUGAAUUAACAUAUUAUAAUUAAAUGAUUAUUUUUCAGUGUGGGAUUAUUCUGCUGCAACAUAUGAAUUAUUUUGAAGGAUUUUUAGACAUUUUUACCAGGGGUGCCAAAAAAAGAAAUGGCAGCAUCUUUACUUCCUUAGCCUUCAGGAGCUGUAAUAUUUUGUAAGAUAUUGUAAAUAGGAGUGAUUUCCGGGUGGCAGGGCUCUGCCCGUCCUCGUGUCCAGGAGGUUGGAGGCUUUUGGAGAAGGGGAAGGCGUCGUAUUCCCGCCCGGAGGGGAAAAAGGUCUCAGUUUGUAAAAAAACAAAA